GGGGUGGAUUUGGCUGCAAGAUCUCCAGGCACAUGUUCGCUGCCACGGCCACGGCUCUGGUGGCCUACAAGCUCAACAGGCCUUGCCGAAUGGCCAUGAGGAUGACAGAUAUUAUGAGGAUUAUUGGGAAGAGACCGGACACUAGACUUGAUUACGAGGUGGGCGUAGACGGAAACGGACAAAUCCAAUACAUGGAGGCGAGCUUCUACAUCAAUGAUGGCAUGAGUUCCAACGAGAAUGAGAACUCAUAUGCCACCAAAUCCCUGAAGAACUGCUACAACCCGGACCGUUGGAGAGUUGAGUCGUUCGGCGCCAUUACAGAUGCGCCGACCAACUGUUUCAUGAGGGCUCCAGGAGAGUUUGAAGGCAUCUCAGCAAUUGAACACGUUAUGGAACACAUAGCGGAUGAAUUAAAAAUAGAUCCUAUACGAGUUCGCUUCGCCAACUAUCGAAUCAAUGACAACCAGCUUCCCGACUAUAUCCCUAUGUUCUUAGAGAAAUCAGAUUACAUUAAGAGACUUGAGUAUAUCAAAGAAUUCAACGCCAAAAAUCGUUGGAAGAAACGAGGUUUAAGACUAAAUAAUAUGGCUUUUGAUACGACAUAUUUCGGAAACUAUUCAGCGGUAGUAUCAGUUUAUCAUGGAGAUGGAAGCGUUGUUAUAAACUCAGGUGGAGUCGAGAUAGGACAAGGAAUUAAUACGAAAGUAGCACAAGCGGCGGCUUUCGAGUUUAAAAUACCUGUCGAAAAGGUCGCAGUGAUAGCUUCAUACGAUUUUGCGACUCCUAAUUGCUAUUCUACAGCGUCUAGUAUAACGACUGAAUGUGUCGCUUUGUGCGUCAUCAGAUGUUGUGAGCAGAUCAACGCCAGGUUAGCCCCAGUAAGGGCUGCUAUGCCGAAUGCCACUUGGGAAGAAGUGGUAUUAGAAGCUGAUGUAAGAGGGAUACUGUUACAAGCCAAUGCAGAAACGAGUCCGAAUGAUCCGCGUUUGCAGAAUUACUCGAUUUUUGGUGUCGCUGCGGCUGAAGUGGAGGUAGACUUAUUGACGGGUACGAAAUAUAUUGUUCGCGGUGAUAUUUUCGAAGACGUUGGUGUCAGCAUUAAUCCUGCUUUAGACGUGGGUCAGGUAGAAGGAGCAUUUGUCCAAGGCCUGUCUCUGUGGCUGAUUGAAGACGUCAUCUACAACCGGCACAAUGGGGAGAUAUAUACUGACCGUACGUGGAAUUAUCACAUCAUGGGUGCCACGGAUAUUCCGAAUGAUUACAGAGUUUAUUUUAGUAGAAACAGGCCUAAUCCUGUGGGUAUAUUGGGGUCUAAAGGUAAAUAA